AUGAAGUCCCUGCUCUUCAGCCGCUUCCUCCUGCUGCUGCCCUGGGUGCUCAUCGUCAUCAUCGUGCUGGACAUCGACAGCAGCCGGGCGCCGCUGCCCGCGCUGUCCCCCCGCGGCGGGGCCGAGGGCGGUAGCGGCGGGGCGCGGCCGCCCGCCCCGCGGCGGCGGCCCGAGGCUGCGCUGCCCACCAUCUAUGCCAUCACGCCCACCUACAGCCGCCCGGUGCAGAAGGCCGAGCUCACCCGCCUGGCCAACACCUUCCGGCAGGUGUCGCGGCUCCACUGGAUCCUGGUGGAGGACGCGGCGGCGCGCAGCGAGCUGGUGACCCGCUUCGUGGCGGGCGCCGGGCUGCCCUGCACGCACCUGCACGUCCCCACGCCGCGCCGCUACAAGCGCCCGGGGCUGCCCCGCGCCACCGAGCAGCGCAACGCCGGCCUGGCCUGGCUGCGGCAGCGGCACCAGCACCUGCCGCCCCCGCAGCCCGGGGUGCUCUUCUUCGCCGACGACGACAACACCUACAGCCUGGAGCUGUUCCAGGAGAUGCGGACGACGCGCAAGGUGUCGGUGUGGCCCGUGGGGCUGGUGGGGGGCCGGCGCUACGAGCGCCCGGUCGUGGAGAACGGCAAGGUCGUCGGCUGGUACACGGGCUGGAGAGCUGACAGGCCCUUUGCUAUUGACAUGGCAGGAUUUGCUGUGAGUCUCCAAGUGAUCCUGUCGCAUCCCAAAGCCGUAUUCAAGCGUCGUGGUUCUCAACCAGGAAUGCAAGAAUCUGAUUUUCUGAAACAGAUAACAACAGUGGAGGAACUGGAGCCAAAAGCAAACAACUGCACAAAGGUUCUUGUAUGGCACACCCGAACAGAGAAAGUGAAUCUAGCUAACGAGCCAAAGUACCACCUGGACACAGUCAAUAUUGAAGUAUGA